UUUUCUUUCCUUUCCUUUGCCUCUGUGUCACUGUAGAACAAAUAGAGAGCUUUGGUUUGUUGUUUGACGUGAGACUUAUUUUCCUACUGGCUAAUGGCCGGCAGUUCCGGGUCUUCUUUUAAGUUAGUUAAUAAUUUAAAUUCAAUAUCUUGCGUUAUAGGAAUCGUUGAGAAAAAAAAAAAAAAAAAAGAAAUCGAGUUUGCUUUUGGAUUAUCGUUGCUUAUGUUAGGUUCCUCAGCUUCUGUUUCCAAGCGAUCAAAAUCCUCCGAGAAAUCAAUUCGAUUUCAAUAUGGUUGAGUUACUCCGAGUUAGAUUAGAAAAAACUAAUCUCUAUCUUUCUGUUUUAUUCCUUUUUUUUAGUGUUAUAAUUCUCUGAAUUCUGAAUUUCUCUUUUGUGAUUUUUCUUUGUUUACUUUUCUAUGAUCUCUCAGUUCGUCAUUUAGAAACGAUGCGAUGUUAUCAAUCCUUCCCUAUUCAAUUUUGGAGGAUUUCAGUGAGAAUUAAGCUCCCUGGCUCUUCAUGGAGAGUCCCUACGAAACAUCCAGCAAUGGUGAAGCUGCAAAUUCCAAUCUUCAGAUCAUUAGAUAUUCUCCAUUCCAACCCUGCACCGAAUUUCCCUCGCCUUGGUUUGAUUUGAGAGUGUUUUAUGUCAGGAUCAGUAAUUUCCAUGUCGAUGCUUCAGCCCUGGAAUUUCUCACUCUUAACCAUAUCCCUCUCAGCCCAGACACCCUUUUGGAAGUCAAUGGUGCUAGAAGUAGCAAAUAUUCUGAUGGUGUCUCUUCUCUUCUUAGGAGGGAUCGAGUGGGUAAGAAAUCUGAUGAAGCUACAUUUGUUAGCACAGAUAGCAUUAGAACCACAAGCAGUGUGAAAUUUGAGGUUUUCCACAAGGAGGAUCUAAUUCUAUCUGGGGUUUUGAAGAUGUCUAACCCCAACAGUAAUGGUUUUGUUGGGGAAUCAAAAAGCAAUGUGAAGCGGUGGAGUAUGAAUUGUGAACCUGAGAUCGGAGCUGGUUCUGGCUUCUUGAAGGGGAAACACAUUGCUGGUGCUGAGUUGCCUACUAUUGAAGUUUAUGUAACAGGGUGCUUCUCAGGAACACCCAUCAUAUUAACCAAGACUUUGCAGCUUAGUUAUUGCAAGAAGCAGCUCAGGAAGGGCAUGUUGGACUCAAUUCCAGAGUAUGAGACAACUGAAUCCCCCCAAAAAUUUUCACCCAAACAUGAUUUGCAGCAGAUAGCAGAGUACAGAAGUUACAAACUAGAAAAUGAAGAAGAUUAUAGAAACAUGUACUGGAGGAGUGAAUAUAUGGAGGGUGAAGAUGGUGAACUAUCAUGGUUCAAUGCUGGAGUAAGGGUUGGCGUAGGAAUCGGGCUUGGUAUUUGUGUGGGAAUUGGUAUAGGAGUUGGUUUGCUAGUUCGUACGUACCAAGCGACCACUCGAAACUUCAAAAGACGGCCUGCUUGAUUCCUCUUCUCUCAGCUGCUGAUGAAGCCUAUGUUAACCUUUUAACUGCGAGAUUUCUGACCGAGUUCUGUGUAGAUGACGUCCUCCUUUUUUGUAUUUUUAUUUUUUUCUUUGUUCCUUAUAAAUUAACGUAGCGUGUGUUUAUGUACAAGGGUAUGAGUGAGAUAGUAAGAUACUACCAGCGGGAAGGGAUUAAAGGUCUUGAUGCCAAUGUUUAUACAUAAGCAAGUCAGAAUGGCUUGUAAUUCCCUGAAAAAUAAAAUGUGUUUGAGAAGCCAAA